CAGCACUGCGGGGCGCAUUCCCUCAGUUCCCUCCUGGCACCGGUUACCUCCCAUGGUGCUCCCCUCCCCACUGCUCCUUCCUGUCCCUGCCCUCAGACGUCCUCCUGCCGGCUUUCUUCCAGCCUGCUCAACUAUUUUCAGCUUUUUCAUAACUCUCUCGCCUCUCCUGGCUCCAGAGCGUUCUCUGAACUUGACAGUAGAUGUCUGCAGGGCUGUCCCGUGGGAAGGGCAUUCAGGCAGGUUCCCAGCAAACGGUGGAAUUGGGAUGGUCUGUGCGUGCUCUCCCUGAGUCACGGAGAGCCUGGAGAGCCGAGCUGCGAGGGCCGACCUGCCGCAGGAGACCUGUGCGGUGCCGGCUGUGGAAGCGGGGGCGGCCUGGAGAAGCUUUAGGACGCAGUGGAGAAGAGUAGGUUGGGACUUGCCGCUGAUUGACCUUCAUCCGUUACGGAGCCCCUUCGGAUCUCUGCCCUCGUUUGUAAAGCAGGGACCGGACGACAUGCGUCCCGAGGGUAGGGUGAAGGAGGCGCCUCGCACGGGCCCGCCAUGUUGCAAGAGCUGCACCUUAGCAGGGGCAUUUCUGUCUCUGGAGAACCAUUCCCUCUUUCCUGCCCCUUCUUCAGGGACACGGCUGGCCAGGAGCGAUUCAAGACGAUAACGACUGCCUAUUACCGUGGGGCCAUGGGCAUUAUCCUCGUAUAUGACAUCACGGAUGAAAAAUCCUUCGAGAAUAUCCAGAACUGGAUGAAAAGCAUCAAAGAGAACGCCUCUGCUGGGGUGGAGCGCCUGCUUCUGGGCAACAAGUGCGACAUGGAGGCCAAGAGGAAGGUGCAGAAGGAGCGCGCUGUUAAGCUGGCUCGCGAGCAUGGGAUCCGAUUCUUCGAGACCAGUGCCAAGUCCAGCACAAAUGUGGAUGAGGCUUUCAGUUCCCUGGCCCGGGACAUCUUGCUCAAGUCAGGAGGCCGGAGGCCGGGAAACAGCCACAAGCCCCCCGGCACUGACCUGAGAGCUUGUGACAAGAAGAACACCAGCAAGUGCUCCCUCGGCUGAGGACCCUCGGCCCGGAGGCUGGACCUGAGGGAGGCUGUGGGAGGGCAGGGGAGGAGCAGCACGUGGGACUUGGAGGGGCUGGAGGUAGGUAGAUGGUGGAAAGCAAACGGAGACGAACGCGGGCAGGCAAGAGACGGAAAGGAGGUAGAAUAGAGAGGGAAGGAGAAGCAAGGAGGAGAGAGGCGAAGGAAUAACAGGAGGAGAGGGGGCAGGAAGCAACGGGAGGAGGAAAGAACCGGCCCUGGGUGUCAGACCUUCCUUGGGCUUCUAGGGCAGACAUAAAUGUAAAUAAACAGUUGAUUUGUUGUUACUGGA